GUAUGAAAGCCCCUAUCCCCCCGGUAGUGGUGCUGAGUCUGGAUGGGGACACGGGGACUACAGGGCCAGGGUGGGAGGCCCCAGGGGAGGGGCUGCCUCUUGCUGUCUGUGGCAGGAGCCACCUCCCUGGUGACCCUGCUGUUGGCAGUGCCCAUCACUGUCCUGGCUGUGCUGGCCUUUGUGCCCCAGGAUCAGGGACGUUGGGUUGAGAAGAUCAGUAGUGGCUCAGGAGCGCAGGCUCAAAGGAGACUGGAUGACAACAAACCGUCUUGCCUCUUGCCCUCACCCUCCAGCCUCUCUGGGACUCCUGACCCCCGUCUGCGUCUCGAGAUACCCUCUUCUUCCAAGAAUCUAGUCUCCCCAUCCUCUCAGGGGGCAUCUGCAUGGGUGGCCACCCUGCCUCCAGCCGUGGAUUCUUCACCAGAUCCAGGAGUUCAACGGCUGCCAAAGGGGGGACCAGAAACUGAUCUCGGUCUCGAGCUUCCUGCUGCCCACCUCAUUGGCGCUUGGAUGAGCGGGCAAGGGCUCGGCUGGGAGGCGAGCCAAGAAGAAGCGUUUCUGAGAAGCGGAACGCAGUUUUCUCGCACCGAUGGACUAGUGCUGCCGCUGGACGGUGUCUAUUACCUCUACUGCCACGUCGGGUACCGGGGCAGGGCGCCCCCUGUCGGCCGAGGCCGCGCUCGCUCGCUCACACUGCGCAGCGCCCUGUACCGCGCCGGGGGCGCCUACGGGCGGGGCUCCCCCGAGCUGCUGCUAGAGGGCUCAGAGACCGUAAUCCCCGUUGUGGACCCAGUCGGGUACCGGUCUUUGUGGUACACGAGCGUGGGGUUUGGCGGCCUGGUGCAGCUCCGGAGCGGCGAGAGGGUAUAUGUCAACAUCAGUCACCCAGACAUGGUGGACUACAGGAGAGGGAAGACCUUCUUCGGGGCGGUGAUGGUGGGGUGACAGCCAUCUGCAUCCCUGGAGGAUGGACUGACGGUGCGAAUGUGUCAAUCAUGAUGUCCGGAGAGUCGGGACCCCGUGAUCGGGGGGGGGGGGUAGGGAAAUUAUAGGACAUGAAUUGUGAAAAUAAAGAAUGUAAACUAU